AUGGGUCGUGGUAAGCAAGAGAUGAGGAGAAUAGAAGAUAAAGCAACUCGGCAGGUUUCAUUUUCAAGGCGGAAGAAGGGACUCAUUAAGAAGGCGUACGAGCUUUCUGUACUCUGUGGUAUUGAUAUUGCACUGAUCAUGUUCUCUCCCUCAGGCCGUCUCACUCAAUUUUCGGGCAAAAAAAGGAUCGAGGAAGUUUUGACUCGUUACAUGAAUCUCACAGACGAAGAAAGAGAAGAAGGUGGGGAUGUGAACUCUCAGAUCAAGGAACUCCAGCGGGAAGUCGAUAGGUUGCAGCAGCAACUUCAGACUGCUGAGGAACAGUUGAGGGAAUUUGAACCUCAGUCUCUCGAUUUCAAGUCGAUGGGGGAGAUUGAAUCAAUGGAGGAACGUCUGGUCCACACCUUGGAGCAUGUUUUACAGAGAAAGGAAUAUUUGUCAGGCAACCAUCUAUUUCCUUAUGAUUCAUCUUCUUCACAGGGGAUGCUCGCCUCUUUUGAGAAUCAAGUUAUAAAUGGGUUGCCUGCUCCAUCUAUGCCACACGGGGAUCUUUUGUGCACGACGCACUAUCCAUUAUUGCAAGGAAGCAGUUCCAGGAUGCGAGAGCGCUGUGUCAACAAUCCGACCCCAGGAAACCUUCCAAUGUGGCCCCCAGCCUCUUCCUUUUUGUUCCCUCCAAUUCAGCAUGAAGUGGGGGGGCCAGAGUAUGGCAGAGGUGCAGAUCCCUCCUGA